AUAAAAAGAAAAAGAAAAAAGAGGAAAUUUCCGUUGCUUCCCUCGGUCCGCGCGUUGCCUGUUCGCCUUCUUCUUCCGCCACUUCUCGGCUGCUCGUUUUGCUCUCUCCCCUGCGUGUCUUCGCCUUGAACGGAGCUCCGACUCCUCCGAAGUCUGUCCUGUAGCCAGGGUUUUCCAGGCGACUUUCUCGUGAAGCAGGCUCUUUCCCGAGCUGAUGGUAUUUGGAGGAAUUUGAUGAAUUCGGAGCAAGAUUUCUAGCUGUUCCCGUCCAGGUGAAUGAGUUAGAGACUCGCGGUUUCGGAUUCUUAUCAGUGAUAAGGUACCGACGUGGCUUACUCCUUGUCGGGCUUCGAUCUGAAGCUGCUUUUUACCUGAAGAUGGAAGCUGAGGAUUUUAUUGAUCUGCAAAGAAUUGAGGUUUCCGAGGUUGAGAAGGAAGUACUAAAUAAAGAGGAGGGAGAAAUGGUAGAGGAUCAUGUCGAGAAGAAAGACGACCAGUUUCCGCUGGAGUUGAGUGUUUCCAAUGGCGCAGAUCUGGAAAAGCACAUCUCGGAGAACAGUCCAGAAUCAGCUCUGGAACCUGUGGCGUUGGAAUCCAAGGUUGAGGUGGACUUGUUCGCUGUUGGUACUAAGCGGCGCCGGAUUUCAUAUUCUAGCCAGCAACCCAGUGUCCACGUGGUGUACAGUCUCUUAACAAGGGAAAGCAAGAAUAAGCUUGGCGAACUCAUGAAACAGUGGUCUGACUGGCAUUCUCGAAAUGCUUCUACAAGAAAGGACUCUACAGAAGAAUCAUUGGAAUCGGGUGAAGAAACAUAUUUCCCUGCACUUUGUGUAGGUCUUGAGAAGUCUUCUACUGUGACAUUUUGGAUGGACAGCCAAGCUAGGUUGGAGGGGAAGAUAGAAAAUUCAUCAGAGAUUGAGUCAGUGCCAAUGUAUGAUCGUGGAUUCACGAAGGGGUCAUCUUCAGGAGAGGGCUUAGCAAGCCUAGAAAGAUGUACGGAAUCACCAGAGCACGAUUCUCGUUGCUUCAAUUGUGGCUCAUAUAACCAUUCUUUGAAGGAGUGCCCAAAGCCUCGAGACAAUGUUGCCGUGAAUAAUGCUCGGAAGAAACAUAAUUCCAAAAGGAAGACACCUUUAGGACCUCGCUUACCAACUCGUUAUUACCAAAAUUCUCCCGGUGGAAAGUUUGAUGGCAUAAAACCAGGUGUUCUUGGCUCUGAGACAAGGCAAUGCUUGGGUAUUGGGGAAUUUGAUCCUCCUCCUUGGCUUAACAGAAUGAGGGAAAUUGGCUACCCACCAGGGUAUCUAGGUACAGAAGAUGGAGCUGAACCGUCGGGAAUCACCAUAUAUACGGAUGAAAAGAGUGAGGAAGCAUGUGAAGAUGGAGAAAUUUUGGAAACUGAUAAUUCGUUUUCACAGGAGGGUAAGAAAAUGAUGGUUGAUUUCCCUGGAAUAAAUGCACCUAUUCCUGAGAAUGCUGAUUCUAGAUGUUGGGCGGCUUCCCCAAAGCAAACACAUGGCCCAGCUUCAGGCAGAGACUGGUCCAAUCCAAGGUCAAGUCACUCUGAAGGUAGGCAGUUCUUUGAUCGUAGGAGCACCGAGGGUUAUACAGAUGAUGCUCCACCAGGAACCAGUGGGCAUUAUUCGUCGCACAUGCAAAGUCCUGGUGUUUUCAGCCCCAGUUAUGGCGGUGAAUCUGAAAGUUCAAGGCUUCACAAUUCAAUACCUAGGAGCCCAAGUUUAACAAGAUCAUACUCCGAAAGGAGAAGGAGCUCUCUGGCGUAUGAUAACUCACACAGCAGAAAUCAUGGCUCAUAUAAUGAUCCAAGUCACAGUCCUCAUGUCCCAUCUUACUACACCCAUGGCACUCCGUCAUACUCUUCUCCAAGGAGUUCCAGCUGGCAGUCUCCCCGGAGCCCAGCAAGGUCAGAUCCUUGGGGCCUAGAUGAUCGACAUAGACAGAGAGGGACACAUGAUUCUUCUCGCUGGAAAGACCAUUAUGAUUACCAACACCAUCAUAGAAGAUGAAUCAGGCGUUAGACUCCUACAUGCAUGACAGCCAUAUAUUCAAUCUUCCUAUCAUUUUAUUUCUAUUGAUUCUCAUGUCGGUAACUAGAUACCUGAAUGGGUUCUCUUUGUACUCGACCGUCUGAAGCUUCACUUGAUCAGACACGAGAUUACUGUCAUUGAGGGAAAGAGAAAGAAGUUGGUCCUACCAAUUGUUGGUUCAGUGAGCCAAUUUGUUAGAUGAUAUUCAGGCUUCUUUUCCAAGUGCCUGUAUUUUGCCUGUACUUUUAGGUGUUGUCUAUUCACCUCUAGCUUGUGUGUGCUAUCUUCCAAAGAGCGAAAUUCACCUCUAGCUUGUGUGUGAUAUCUUCCAAAGAGCGAAAUUCACCUCUAGCUUGUGUGUGAUAUCUUCCAAAGAGCGAAGUUACUCCAAUUUUGGCUGAGAAAUGAGUCCCGUUAAGGAAAAAGGUGUUUUCAUCUGGUUGGAUUACUGUUAUUUGCUUUCUGGGGCCUCAGGCCAGUUUUCCGAAAUGUUAUGGCCAGUUUUUUCCUUCUAUGAUCCGCUGAAAGGGUGACUUGUUUUGGAGGCCAAGGCUGGAGCCUGAUUAAAGUUUUGAGCACCACAAAUCCUGAAGAACCUAAAGCAUCAUCGUGGCUCAAGGUUGUUCCACCAGGAAUGUCUCUCCAUUCUUGUGGUUUUGCAGCAAAAUAUUUUGGGUGACUUGAAAACGUUAAGCUGACGCGCCAGUGCAGUGGGAGUCCUUGUGUGGACUACAUAAAUUGUUGCACAGGUUGUCCGAAAGCAGAACGAGAACAGUUCAGGCGUUUGUUCGGCACCAUCUCUUGUUUAACUUGCUGCAGGAGCAUCCCAGGCUUCUUUUACUGUAGAACCUUAUUCGAGGGCUGAUCUUUUCUCGUUUUAAUCUGAAUGGAAGCCCCUGAGUUCUGACUUUCUUGUCAAUAUGUGAGACAUUUUUUGCUGAAAAUGGCUUUAUCAUCUGUUGGAAAUGUGAAAUUUGUUACCUUUA